GGCCAUUAAAGAGACAAAUGACCAAUACUGCCCUUAUUUCACAGCAACUUCAUGAGUUCAAGGCCCAGGUUGAUCAUUCAAACGAUGAUAAAGCAGCAUACGCCAACUAUCUCCUCUGUAAGCAACACCUGUCCACGCUCAAGUCCAUACGGAUACGUCUGGUGGAAUCCAAGAAGGAUGAGAAAGUAAACGAUCUUUUGGAACAGUAUGCCAAUUCCAUAGAACAAGUGCAGCUUCCAAGUAUUCUUCUCUUGGAAUCGACUCUCGCAACUGAUAAGAAGAAAAGAAAUCAACGGUUGUCUGUUGACCUACACGCAGUUGGACUUGAACCUGUUGACGAGCUGGUUGGCUCCAGCGCAGUGGAAGACGAUGAGAACCUGACCCAACUGAAGCAGAGGUUAACAGAUGGAAGAUCACAUACCACUAAGAGACAGCUGUCCAUGGAUGAGGAACUUCAUGAAGAGGAGGCUAAGCAGGACGACAUCCUCAAGGACAUGCUCCAGUUUGUCCAGGGCUUAAAAGAAGGUGCCAAUGCAUUCAACGACAAGCUCAACGAGGAGAAAGAUAUCCUCAAAGCUGCUGAGGCUGGAUUGCAGGUAA